CCGGAACCGCCGCCUCAAGGGAUGGACGGUCAGACUCUGCGAAAGGCUGACAGAAGCCGGUCGUGCUCGCAGGAGAAAAAGGAGGGUUGCGCUAAGGACAUGGUGCCUGACUUCGAUGAGAAACAUGAUGAGUAUUUAAUAUUGCUUCAGCAGAGGAACCGGAUAUUAAAGCAUCUGAAAACCAAGGACCCCAUGCAGCUGAGGCUGGAGCACUUGGAGCAGGGUUUCUCUGUCUAUGUCAAUGGGGCCAAUUCGGAGCUGAAGUCGUCCCCCCGGAAAGCUGUCCACUCCGACUUCACCAGGAGUGCCUCCCACGCCGAGGGGACACACGAUCAUGGACGGAGAACCCUAUUGCGAGAAGCAGAGGAAGCUUUAAGACGCAAUUCACGGACAGCCCCCAGCAAAGUCCAGCGCCGCGGAUGGCACCAGAAAUCGGUGCAGAUCAGAACAGAAGCUGGCCCGCGGCUCCACAUUGAGCCUCCUCUGGGCUCUUCUGAAGACUUUGAGGCCUGCGAAGAUGAGACUGCCAAGGCCCAGGGUGCUGCUGGGGACCGUCCGCAGGGCACCAAGUCUUCCACUGACACCACGCCCUGCGAUUUUCAUCUCUCUCUUCUGGACACCCACGGAUGCCCUGACCCUGCGAGCAAUACCGACAAAGAAAGGAUCCUCUUAACUAUCCAGGAUGUGAUGGAGCUGAGAAAAAGCCUGGAACUUAGUGUAAAUCUGCAGAGGAAACAAAGAGAUGGUUCUAGCGACGAGUAUGACUCUAUCGAAGAAGAGGUGCUCUCUGAGCCCGAGCCCGAGGAGCCAGUGCUCCCGGGCCAUGGCAGAGAGGACCCCCAUCUUUCCAGCGGAAACUCCGUGCAGAAGGCUGUGCCCGAGGACCAGGGACCAGAAGGACGCCCUUCCCAGGGCCCAGACCCCCUCGUGGUGCUGGAAUUCAACCCAGCUUCCAAGAGUAAUAAAAAGGAAAGGAAUUUGUCGGCUAAGCGGAAGGACAAUGCUGAGGUUUUCAUUCCCACCAGACCCGAAAUGAACUUGAACCCUCAGCCCUCUGCUGUGUUCCCAGACCAGGAGAAGGCAUGCUCAAGACCCGGAAGCCGCCGCGAGAGACCCUUCUCGACCACCCGAAAACCUGUGCAUGAGGCUGAGGACCGAGAGGAAGACGCCUCAGCGGUGCUCAGGGCCAUCCAGGUGGAGAACGAAGCCCUGCAGAGGGCCCUCGUCGGCAGAAAGCCUCCCACCAGCCCACUGCAGGACAUGGAGGGACCAGCAGCAAAACCGUGGACCAGUCUGCUGAAAGGGAAAGAAGAGAGCCCUGAGCUUCCUACAGCCGUGGCCACCAGCACGACCAGCCCGGCCAGCCCGCAGGAGCCGUCCAGGGCAGCAGGGGGAGCCAGAGCCGUCAGCGAAGCCAUUGACAGAAUCGGCCUUUUGGGGAGCAGGCAGCAGCAAAGGCUUCUGAAAGUGCUCCAGGCCAUCGAAAGCGACUCUGCCCAGCUCAGCACGGUUGCUUCAGCAACGGAGGAGUGUGUGCCAGACCCAGAGGAUAAAUUGAGAAUAAAAGGCGGAGACAUCGAAGAUGCCAUCUACGUGACCUUGGAAAUCCUGUCCAACUGGGGCCAUGCGUCCUGGGUGGGUCUCACGGAAGUGGAGUUCUUUGACCUGCACAACACCAAGCUUUACGUGUCGCCCCAUGACGUGGAUGUCCGGACCACGAACACGCCUGGGGAGCCGGGCCACCUGGUCAACAGGAGCUUAGCUAGCAUGGAAGACCCUUCCUUGUGGAUGUGCCCCUUCCACCCACCGCUCCAGCUCUUUUUUGUUAUCCGCAACACCAGACAGCUGCAGGACUUUGGUCUAGCCAAGAUCAAGGUCUGGAAUUACUGGACGGCUAAUGGCGAUCUUGACAUCGGUGCCAAGAACGUGAAGCUUUACGUCAAUAAAUAUCUCAUCUUUGAUGGCACAUUAGACAAAGGAGGUGGAGAGGCCCCGGCUGACCAGAGCUUCCCGGUUGACGUGAAACAGGAGCAGGACGAGAGCAGGGAAAGGGCCCUGGGUGCCCCCUCGGGAGAAAGCGGAGAGGCCCGCAAGAUGGCUGGCACAGAUGGGGAGCUCUUGCCUCCAGCUGGAGCAGUAGCCGAUGUGAAGCUUCCUUCCCAGGGAACGUUACUUGGUGGAAAAAUGAAUCCUCCCAACGGCGCGAAGAACAGCUUGUCCAAGUUAGACGAUGGCGCGAGCUGCUCGGUAGCCCCAGCUUCGACGGGUGGUGCGCCAGGGGCUCCCCCACUCUGCCCGCCUGUGGAAUGCCCUCCCCUUGACCCAGAGCUCUCUCUGGCCCAACAGCUGGAAAACCUCAUGGGCAGAAAAGUCUCUGAGCCUCCAGCGAAAACCCCAUCAUGGUUGCAACCUUCUGCCACAGGGAAGGGCGGGAAGCAGGGAGGCAGGAAGUCAAAACCACUGUGGCUGAGUCCUGAGAAACCGCUGGACUGGGAAGGUGGAAUUGGAUCAGACACCACCACCAACCCUGUGGGGGAGGCUCCCAGAGAGGCCAAGGUCGGGGAGAAAGGCCCCAGGCGUGAGCCAGGGCGGCCAAACAGCUGGAAUGUCCUCACUGGGGAGAAAGCCCAGAAGGUGACCCCCAAAGUCUGUGAUGAUUUUGACAUCUUUAACCAGCCCGCCAGCAGGGAGCACCCUGCUAGUGGGAGGCGGGGCCCGAAGAAGGAUACCCUCGUCAGCAGUCACAGCGAUGGCCCGCCGACCGGCAGAGAAGACACCUGGUCCACCAAGACGCCACCAUGGUCCCGGUGGUGCAGCGAGCAGGAGCAUUUGCUGCACGAGUCCUGGGACUCCCUCAGUGCCUUUGACCGCUCCCACCGCGGACGCAUCUCCAACAUGGAACUGCAGGGGGACAUCCUGGACGAGUUUCUGCGGCAGCAGAAGGACAGCCGCCACGGUGACCAGCUGCCCCCGGGGAAGGAGGAGAAGCUGGAGCCAAGGAGAGGGCCGGACGACAGCUCCGCAGAGACGGACGAUGGCAGUGACUUCGAAAUCCCCGUCUUGCCUUACGGAAGGCGCCUGGUCAUUGAAAUCAAGUCGACGUGGGGGGACAGGCAUUAUGUCGGCCUUAACGGAAUAGAAAUAUUCAGUUCCGAGGGGGAGCCAGUGCAGAUCGCAAACAUUCGUGCGGACCCCCCCGACAUCAAUGUUUUACCAGCUUACGGGAAAGACCCCCGCGUGGUCACCAACCUCAUCGACGGGGUGAACAGAACCCAGGAUGACAUGCACGUCUGGCUGGCCCCUUUCACCCUGGGCAAGCCCCACUCCAUCUCCAUAGACUUCGUGCAUCCUUGCCAAGUCGCCCUGAUCCGGAUUUGGAACUACAAUAAAUCUCGGAUACAUUCCUUCCGUGGCGUGAAGGACAUCACCAUGCUGUUAGACGCGCAGUGCAUCUUUAAAGGAGAAAUCGCCAAGGCCUCAGGGACCCUGACGGGAGCACCAGAGCACUUUGGAGACACCAUCUUAUUCACAACCGAUGAGGACAUUCUGGAGGCCAUAUUCUGCUCAGAUGAGACAUUUGACGUGGACCCGGAGAGCCCCUACAGCCUGCAGAGCGAGGAGACGCCCAGGAGACCGAGUACUGCUGGCAGCGAGGGAGAAGACAGGCCCUACACCCAGGCCGGCCCGUGGGCUGAGGACCGGGUCCUGGAGCUCGAGCUGCCAUCCCUUCCGCCUGCCCCCGAAGUAACCACACCAGAGCCAGGCAUCUACCAUGGGAUCUGCCUCCAGCUGAAUUUCACUGCCUCCUGGGGAGACCCACACUACCUGGGGCUCACGGGCCUGGAAGUGGUGGGCAAGGAUGGCCAGGCACUGCCCAUCAGCCUGCACCAGAUCUCUGCCUCUCCCAGAGACCUAAAUGACCUCCCUGAGUACACCGAUGACUCCCGGACCCUGGACAAGUUAAUCGACGGAGCCAACAUCACCAUGGAGGAUGAGCAUAUGUGGCUGAUCCCUUUCUCGCCUGGCCUGGACCACGUGGUCACGAUCCGCUUCGACAGAGCCGAAAGCAUCACUGGCCUGCGCUUCUGGAACUACAAUAAAUCUCCCGAGGACACCUAUCGCGGGGCCAAAAUCGUCCACAUCUCCCUGGAUGGCCUGUGUGUCUCCCCUCCAGAGGGCUUCCUCAUCCGGAAGGGGCCGGGCAACUGCCACUUUGAUUUCGCUCAAGAAAUUCUCUUUGUGGACUACCUGCAUGUUCGCCAGCUGCCCCCGCCGGCCCGGAGGCUUGACUCGCAAAGCCGGGAGCGGGCGACCAUGGACUACGAGGCACCCCUGAUGCCCUGCGGCUUCAUUUUCCAGUUGCAACUCCUGACCAGCUGGGGUGAUCCCUAUUAUAUUGGUCUCACGGGCCUGGAGCUGUAUGAUGAGCGGGGGGAAAAGAUCCCUCUGUCGGAAAAUAAUAUUGCCGCCUUCCCCGACAGCGUGAACUCCCUGGAGGGCGUGUGCGGGGACGUCCGGACCCCCGACAAGCUCAUCGACCAAGUGAAUGACACCAGCGAUGGCAGGCACAUGUGGCUGGCCCCCAUCCUGCCCGGCCUGGUGAACCGGGUUUAUGUGAUUUUCGAUCUGCCCACCACCGUGUCAAUGAUCAAACUGUGGAAUUAUGCGAAAACGCCCCAUCGAGGGGUGAAAGAGUUUGGCCUCCUCGUGGACGACUUGCUUGUGUACAACGGGAUCCUGGCCAUGGUGGGCCAUUUGGUGGGGGGCAUCCUGCCCACGUGUGAGCCCACGGUGCCCUACCACACCAUCCUCUUCACCGAGGACACGGACAUCUGCCGCCAGGAGCGACACACCGCCAUCAGCAAUCAGGUGGAGGAUCAGGACGUCCAGAUGAUGAAUGAAAACCAGAUCAUCACCAACUCGAAAAGGAAGCAGAGCCUGGUUGACCCAGCCUUACGACCCAAAACGUGCAUAAGCGAGAAGGAGAUAGUGCGACGAUGGCGGUGCUGACCCGCGGAGGAGGGAGCGCUGGUCCUCCCAGCCAGCGGCGGCCUCUGUCACCCGCCUCAACCCAGCACCUGUGUCUUCUGCCCCCAUCCUCAGCCUUGGCAGCCUGGACUCCAGGGGCUGCGAGAGGGGAAUGAGAGGGGACUCGUGUG